GCUCGUACAGUUGCUUACGCGUGUCACUGCUCUUCAAGCGCGAGUUCAGCUACUACCUAAUUCAAAUCUACAUUCCCUGCUGCAUGUUGGUCAUCGUCAGCUGGGUCUCCUUCUGGCUCGACCCGAAUGCCAUACCGGCCCGAGUGUCACUGGGCGUGACAACGCUGCUCACCAUGGCUACCUCCAUCUCCGGCAUCAACUCCUCUCUGCCGCCGGUCAGCUACACCAAGGCCAUUGACGUGUGGACGGGCGUCUGUCUGACCUUCGUCUUUGGGGCUCUACUUGAGUUUGCUCUGGUCAACUACGCCUCUCGCAGCGACGCCCACCGAGCAGCGCUGAAGCAGCAGCAGGCGGCUUUUGCGGCCCAGCGCAAGUGGGACCUGGAGCAGCACGCCGCUGCCAUGGAGGCUGAUCACAUCGACGAGCGUGGAUCUGCAUUCGCAAUG